UGAAAAAAAGGAUAGAUGAAUGGAGAGAAAUUCAUUUGAGAGGAUCUUAAUCCCAAAAUUGUUAUUAGCACUCAACACAACAGAGCACAAAAACUACUCGCAUGGAUUCUCCACCACGUAAACACUCAGCUAAUUAAAUACUCCCAACUGUAAGUAGGCGACCUCAGCUCAGCUGGUUCCGAUGUCUCAGGGUGCCAGGCUCCCUAUCUUUGACCAGAGAUUCAAAACACAAAAGUCAGAUGCAAAACCCAGUUCUGGGACUCUAUAUCUCCAUCGAGCAAUACUAAAUAGAAACAGCGGCAGCGGCAAAACUAUCGUAUCGAGAUGUUGAACAAGCCGUUAAUUUCUGAACCUCAAGAGCAGCAGCGGCAGCCUCUUUCCUUUCCCCCGUCUCUCCUCAAUUAUCUCUACGUUGGUCACUUCCUAGCCAGAUGGGGUGCCAGAAUGUGGGAAUUCUCUGUUGGUCUGUACAUGAUUAAUGUCUGGCCGGAUUCGCUGGCCCUUGCUGCUGCUUAUGGUGUGGUGGAAUCUGCCUCCACGGCAUUAGUUGGUCCUGUUGUUGGACGGUUGGUUGAUAAGUUCACGUACAUCAAGGUUCUUCGACUUUGGUUAUUAAGCCAAAAUUUCUCCUUUAUGAUUGCUGGAGGCACUGUGGUUGCACUUCUGCUGUAUGAGGAUGUGAAGUCAGAAAAUUUCAUAGUAUUUUUGUCGUUUAUCCUGUUAAUCAAUAUUUCUGGAGCUGUUGGUGGGCUCUCCACUCUUGCUGGAACCAUUCUGGUUGAAAGAGAAUGGGUGGUUGUGAUAUCAGAAGGUCAACAUCCAGGUGUCCUGACUAAGAUGAAUGCAACCAUUCGAAGGAUUGAUUUAGUUUGCAAGUUAUUUGCUCCUGUAGUCUCUGGUUUCAUCAUCAGCUUUGUCUCUCUAACUGCUUCAGCUUUAACUCUAGCUAUCUGGAAUAUAUUGUCCGUUUGCUUGCAGUAUUGGCUUCUAAUGUCUGUAUACAAUGGAAUUCCUGCUUUAAGUGAAAGCAGUCAAAAGAGGGUUUAUAGAUCUCUGCCAACUGAUUCGGAAAGAAGCUCCUUGACUGAUGAAAGUAGAAACUCUCACUACUUAGGUGAUAAUGAUUUGGAGCCUCUCGACCACGGCUGGAUGAGAAAAGUAAUCGAACGAAUUUCAAGAAUCUCUUACUUCAGUGCAUGGAAAGUUUAUCUAGAGCAAGAUGUGGUUCUGCCUGGAAUUGCGCUUGCUUUACUCUACUUUACCGUACUUAGCUUCGGAACUCUAAUGACUGCUGCUUUGGUAUGGCAAGGCAUACCAGCCUAUAUAAUUGGGAUUGCACGAGGAAUAAGCGCUACGAUAGGGAUUCUUGCAACUUUUUUGUACCCUGUUUUAGAAUCACAGCUUUCAACACUUCGUACAGGUCUCUGGUCAAUUUGGUCUCAGUGGACUUGCCUAGUGGUAUGUGUAGCUUCAAUUUGGGUCCCGAAUAAACUUGGAGCAGCAUAUUUGCUUAUGGGUGGAGUGGCUCUGUCACGUCUUGGACUUUGGAUGUUUGAUUUAGCAGUCAUUCAGCAAAUGCAGGAUCAAGUUCCGGAAUCUGAUCGUUGUGUUGUUGGAGGUGUUCAAAACUCUCUACAGUCUGUGUUGGACUUGACCACUUAUGUCAUGGGCAUAAUAAUAUCUAAUCCCCGGGACUUCUGGAAGUUGAUAAUCUUAUCUUUGCUCGUGGUGACACUGGCUGCAGUACUGUACAGUAUACACAUUUAUCGCGUAAGAAAGCAUCUCUUUCAUUUCGAGAAGCUGUAUCCACUUGUCAGAAUUGUUUUCAGGUCGACUUAGUUUUUGCUUUACUUCAGAACUUGAUACGUAGAUUUGUUUAUUAUGGCACUGC